AUGUUCCGGCCAAAAUGCGUCGCAACAACCUCGGUCUCUCCGGACACGGCUCAGAGAAAAUACGGAGAAGACGCCUUCUUCAGAAAUGUCCAAUGGUCGGAUACCAGAGCGAAGGAUGCUGAAGUUUCGCUGACAGGUUUCAGGAGUGCAGAUGGGACCAGUUUGAUCGCCAGUCACGCUGAUAAUUCUAUUCAGACGUUCAUUGCACCUCCAGACCUACUAGAAGAAAGGCCAGAGCCCCACGACCUAUCUCCAUAUUGCACCAUUCAUUCCAAGGAUCCCGUCAACACGGUAGUCGGGUAUCCUUUCUACAACCUCGAUGAUCCCUCUACAACCUUGGUCCUAUCCUCAAUGCGUGAUCAUCCAAUUCGUUUGAACUCGGCGUUGACUGGUCAUCUGGGUGCUUCCUAUCCUCUGGUCAAUCCUAUGACAGAAACUUUCAUCAGCCCGCAUUCAUUAGCCUUUAGCGGCCAGGGAGAUCGUUUCAUCGCUGGAUCGGAGUCUUUGAUUUCCAUAUUUGACUUGUCCCGGCCAGGUCAAGGUCCCAUAUCAUCAGUCGCGACUGGUCCCAAAAAGAGGAAAGACAUCGAUUAUAGUGGAGUUGUGAAUAUGCGAGGAAUUGUUUCGGCUUUGGCAGUUGAUACCUCAACUUCUGUGCUUGCGGCUGGAACAUACAACCGGCAUGUUGGCCUUUAUGAUGCCAUGGGUCAAGGGGACUGCAUCGGCGUCUUUUCCGUCAAGGGAACAAAUGCUGACCAUCAAAUUGGUGGCACCGGUAUAACACAGGUCUCUUGGAGUCCGUGCGGAAGAUAUCUCUACAUUGCCGAAAGGAAAAGUGAUGGUGUCGUUCUUUAUGAUAUUCGUAUGACUGGUCAACUUUUGGCCUGGCUGGAAGGUCGAGCUGCCCAUACCAACCAGAGAUUAGGUUUUGAUGUGGUGGCCACUGAUGACCAGGGCGGCCAUGAAAUAUGGGCCGGAGGAGUAGAUGGGUUCUUCAGAAUGUGGAAGCAUCCUCAUGAGAACGAUGGUCCAGUGUCUCCCAGUUUCGAAUUUCAAGGGCACAAUGAUGCCGUCUCAGGUGCAGCCGUGCACUGUAGUGGUGGUGUCAUAGCCACAUCAUCUGGUCAACGUCAUUUCGACUUGGGAUUUGAAGAUGAGCGGGUGCUAGACGCUACUUUCGAUGAUUCGUUGAAGGUCUGGGCACUGUGA